CGCGUAUCUAACUUUCACUAGAACAAAGUCCGACUUAUCAUCAACAAUUACUUCGAUACCUUCGAUUCCGCACUCUUUUGUGGCGUCUCUCAAUACUGCGAUCGCCAAUAACGACUUAUAUUUAUAUUCUACGCCACCGGAAACUCACGCGCAAACUUGUUUGUUUGGAAUUUGGCGCUAGCUAAAGUGAAGCAAGGGAGGGAAUCGCGCAUUUCUUCCCCAACACUCCCGAAAGUUCCACAUCAGACGAUUAUACAUGGCGCGACUCAUGCCAUCAAAAUCCCGCGCUCCGACAUACAGUGAGGAUGUAUGGGACGCCUCACCGAAACCUACCCCGCGUCGAUCACUGAACAGGGCGCCCCGAGACACAUCGCCAUCAUCUUCCCCACAUUCCGCCGCGUCACAGUCGUCCGACAAAGAGAAUAAGGCAGCACGCUCUCGUGUCGAUAAGGGAAAGGGACCCGAAGGCAUGGCCGGGCCGCCGGUGAGCCGUGGACUAUCAGAAAUCAGCAAUGGACGGAGUGUCAAGCGCAAGGCUGUGGAGGUUCGCGACGCGGGUGACAGGAGCCGAUCCGUCAGACGGAGGACCAGGGAACCUGAGAACGGUUCGCCGGUGAGCCAGAAUGGAGACGACAGCAGCGACAACUACGAUCCCGACCAGGACCUGCAAGAGCGCAGAGAACUCCGCGCGCGGUUCCGCAAUCUCGAGAAGGAUCUCAAUAACAACCGCGCCGAAUUUCUCCACGCCGACAAUGAAGGACUCAAACAGACCCUCCUCGAAGCGGACGAGAUCCUCAACGGCGUCAAGCAGACCGGCGACGCGACAGUCGACUCCCGCCUCAUCGCCAACGCAGCCGACCUCUCCCUGAAGAAAAUCGAGAAGCUCACCCUCGGCGACACAGACCGCCGCGUCGACAUCGACCACUUCGUCGCCAAGUGCAUGACCUUCAUGCGUAACGGCCAAGGCUCCGCCCCCACUCCCUCUCGCGCGCCCACCUCCACACAGUCCCGCCGCCGCACCAUCCAGAACGGCGACAACCCCGACGACGACGACGACCCCGAAGCAGGCGACAUGCUCGACUGGUCCCACCUCGGCGCCUUCGCCUGCCAACAGCACAACACCCGCCCUCCCAUCCCCGGCUUCCUGCUCGGGCCCCUCUCACUGGAGAAGCGCGCGCGCCGAGUCAUCCAACGGCGCGCCCCGAACGCGAAUCGCGAUCUCGUCGAGACGCAGCCGGAGAUCCUGCGCCCGGAGGACAUUGAGCGCAGCGAGAACUCGAGCUUGACGUUCUUGUGUGCGCGGAUUAUGGAGAGGUUGCGGCAGGCUUCGGCGGCGGGGAUGGAUGCGUGUGAGGCGGAGGCGUGGGAGGGGAUUACGGACGAGGAGGUUAAGAUGCUGAUGCGUAGACAUGGGCUUAAUGCUGAUGGUGGGAUGGAUCUGUUUCGCUUCGUCAUUAAUCCGCGCUCGUUUGGGCAGACAGUCGAGAAUAUGUUCUAUGUCAGCUUCUUGAUUCGCGAUGGCAAGGCGGCUAUCACGGUCGAUGAGGACGGAUUGCCAUUUCUUGGUGAGGCUGAACCGCUCGGGCGCGCAGAGGCGCUCAAGAAGGACGUCUCGAAGCACCAAGCCAUCUUCGCGAUCGACAUGGCUACAUGGGAGGAGCUUAUCGAGGUCUUCGAGAUCCGCGAGCCGAUCAUCGAGCAUAGAGAAGAGGUUGUGCAGCGGGCCGUCGGCGCGAGGGGGUGGUACAGCUAGACGUGUGUCCCACGAGCCACACGACUUCAUCUUGAAUUCACGUCCCUUCCAGACCUACCUUUCGCAGUCGAACAGCUUGGGAAUACAGGGAGCCUAUCACAUUGGGAGAAGGAGGGGGCUUUUUUGCUACAUUUUAAGCGCGGGGGAGGGUUUUUACUAAUUUUUAUUCACGAAUGAUGCGGAGUUUGCUGGCGCGGUCACUAUCAUCAAGACUACACGAGACACACCAUACACAUACACAGAUUUUUGCUGAGAAAAGAAAAAGCUUGGGAGACGGGCGUUAGGUGGCGGAGCGGGGGGUUGGCGUUUUGUUUUUGCGGCAUAUUGAUACCACUAGGUGCUUGCUUGAUAGGUCUUUUAUGGCGUUUGGCUGGAUAAGAUGAGGGGGAUUUGGCUUUAGCUAAUGAGGGAGAGGGGGACAGGAGGAGGCGGAUUUGCUUUGAAAAGUUGCUCGAUUUAGAGGCGGUAGACUCAUCAUCAGACAAUUUCAC